CUCUCUCUCUAUCUACAACAACAAAGCAGCUCUCUCUCUCUCUUCUCUUCUCUCACUUAGUUUACUCUACGCUUUUAAGCAGCUUCGUAGCUGAUAGGGUCAGCAUCGUCGGCGCGAUUCCCGCUUCCUGAUUUUACGGGUGAUUAGGGAUCCGUUUCACCUCGUUACUGCUGCACUCAUCUGAUUAGCUCCAUGGCUGCUUCUUCUCGGUUACAACCCCACUGAUUCCGACCAGGAAACAUUCAAAGAGCAUUUUAAGCUUCUUCUUCUGUAGAAUCUGGAGACUAAGUAAUGAUCUGAGUGAAAACAGUUAAUUCAAGAAACAGAUGGAGUGUCGUUUGGAGCUGAAGAAGGGUUCAAGUGAUAGACCACCACCUGCCGAGAAGAAAGUAUUCACCAAGGAAACCCAAAGGUCAUCUCUACCGGCCAAGUUCAGAGACGACAAACGCGGCUUGUCUUACUCAGACUUCCACCGCGAGAUCACCAAAAAAGUCGAAGAUGUCUGUCCCAAACGCUUGGAGAAUCGACUCAAGUCGCGGAUUGGUAGAACCGCGUCUGGUGAACGAGACCUUGUCAAGUACAAGUCCUACGUCCCGAGUUAUGUCAAGAAAUGUCCUGAAGCGAGGGACGUUAAAGCCGGUGGUGGCAUUGUUGGUUCAGGAGGUGACGUAAGGAUUGAUAAUAAUAAGCAUACAAGGUCUUCCUUGUCCAACACAAGCACAUCCGCUUCAUCUCUCUGGACUGAUGAAUCAUCUACUGAUUCCAGCAAAGGUCUCGUUGCUUCUCCUUUCCGCAGAAGGGUUAACCACCCUCCGCUUCAGUAUUAUCUCAUGUCAUCUAAGCCAGGAGAUUGUGAUACUUCCCAAAACCAAAACCUUAGCUCUUUGCCAGGAGACGGACUAAAGGAUAAGGAUACCACUAAGAGAGAUGCUGUGCAGGUUCAUCAAAGCCCUCGUGGAACUGCGUUCCUACAGAACGAGAAGAAAGAUUCUUCUGAUGUUAAGUCUGUUCCCAAAACCAGAACUUUCUUGAGUCCAUCAAAGCCUGAUAGUCCUUCAGCCACCACGAGGGUGAUUUCAAGGAACCGAGCCGAUGAUCUCAACAAGAAAGGAGAGAAGCUUGACGAGAGAAUCCGAAACCCGCGUGUUCAUGACAUGUUUGGUAAAGAAAAGCCUGCUGCUGUGUUUGUACCAGGGAUUGUUUCUCAGAAACAGAUACUCGGUUUGUCCAAGUUCUAUGAUUCUAAAGUGUUGUUAGCUGAGCGAGUAGCCGAAGCUAAUAGAAAGGGAGGGUUCCCAGAGAGGUUAGCCUAUGGACAGCGUGCAGUUUUGGACUCUGAUGUAGGUCACUUCCGACGUGAAGCUGAUGGAAGUAGUAAGCCCUUCUUAAAGCGUCUCAACUUCUUGAGUGCAGAGAAAAACAGAUCGAGUUCAGCUCCACGAUCGAGAAAGUCUGAAUCCAGUCCUUCCAGGAGCAGGACUUUAGACAGAAGGUCAACAGAGACACUAACCAAGGUACCAGAUCAGAAGCCAGUUAAAGUUGGACCAGAAAGAGCAAGGAGCAUUUCACCGUUUCGCCGGCUCAGCUUCAGCAUUGGGAAGUCAAGCAAACAAAACUCCAACAACACCGAAGACGCUCAGACCCCUCCUCACUCUACUCCAUCGCGAGCUGGUUUAGAGAAUCGCUCCACCUCUUCUCUCAGUGAAAGCUCGUCUCUUGAUAGUACCGUUGCAGCAAACAGAGGCAGGUCUAGUCCCUUGAGAAGGUUGCUCGACCCUCUGAUAAGACCAAAAUCAAGCCACGCGUGCAGAUCUCCUGAGCCAUCAUCACUAAAAGGUUCACCGUUGUCAAGUCACCACCAGAAGCAAAUUCUUUCAGACGAUCAAUCAUCUUCUUCUUCAAGAAGUGGGAACUCUUCAACGGUUCAGGCUCUUUUUCGUGUGACGUCUAAGAAUGAUCAACCACUCUUCACUUUCGCUGUUGACAAGGAACAGAGCAUCACAGCAGCCACUAUAAGAAAACAGAUGGUUCCAGAAAAGGAAGAAUGUGGUCACAAGUACACGUUUUUCACCGUUCAGGAAGUGCAGAAGAAAACUGGAAAAUGGAUGAACCACACCAGGAAGGUACAAGGCCAAGAGUACACAUCCAACAUCGUCGCUCAGAUGAGAGUCUCGGGCUCUGUCGAUGACCUCUUAACCAGAGAAUAUGCACUCUUCGCAUCCGAGUCCCAGCAGCGGCCUAACGAGCUAGCUGCCAUGGUGAUCAAGUUCCCAAAAGUUUCUGACACAACACUUGGAGAUUACUUUGCAGAGGUUAACACAACAGUGGUGCUUCCAAGUGGAAUUCACAGCCUCCCACACAAAGGAGGGCCUUCGUCGCUGAUCCAAAGAUGGAAGUCAGGUGGGUCAUGUGACUGUGGAGGUUGGGACAUGGGCUGCAACCUUAGAAUCCUCACCAAUCAGUCUAACAAACCGGAAAACCUCUCUGCUUCCACUCCAGAUGCCUUCAAGCUUUUCUGUCAGGGAGGAUUACAUGAUAAUAGCAACCAACCAUUUUUGAGCUUCACUCCAUACAGAGAAGGUGUAUACGCCGUUGAGUACAAUACGUCACUCUCACUAUUGCAAGCAUUCUCUGUAUGUAUAGCGGUUAACGAAGGACGGAACCCGUUAAACACUUGGCGUGUAGACAACAAAGCUUGUGGAGAGGUGUCGUCCAUGAUUCAGAACGAGAGGUUGAAGUCGUGUUCAGGUCCUAUUGAAGGUGAGGCUGCGGCAAAGUAUCAAUCACACCCACCUGUAUCUCCUGUGGGGAGGGUUUAACUAGCUGCUUUCUCUAAAUAAUCGGCUAUAUAUAUAUAAAUAUGUUUUAGUCUAUGAUGGGGGUUCGUAUUUUCUAUGUAAUUACGGUUGUGUGGGAUUAGAUUACGUUUAUAUAGAUCAUUUUGUGAAACUUGUUUGAAUUGAAUGAACAUCUCUACCCAUUAUUAAUAUUUAAGCAAAUAAAACCACCUGUUAGUUUAUU